CCCUCCGGAACCUCACCACCAAAAAUGCACCACAAGUUGGAUUGCGUAAGCAUUUACUAGCAAAACACGAACAGCUGGAAGACUCAAAGAAAGUCAAUUCAAUUGCCCGAAGGAAUCUGGAUCCAAAAUUCUUUGUAUCUUCACGUAAACUAGUGAUUCUGCACGAUGUUUGGUCGGCUGAAGGAUCAAUGGAAUAACUCGCUUGCAUACGCCCAAGAGCAGGCUCGGACUCAUUCUCGACAUCUCUCAACGACAGAUCUGGGAAAUGCAGACAAGCUGGAGGAAAAGCGUGCAGAGCGUCUCAGUAUGGCAUACGAAAAUGUGAGACAGCAAUUAGUAGCCGAGAAAAAGAAAAUUGAGCAAUUUCAAAAAAUGCUGCAAGAGAAAACUCCAUUGUCAGACAUUGACGAUGUACAGGGUUUCUCUGACUACAUGGACGACUUAUCAAAACGGUACAGUAUGUCUAUGGAUGAGGUUCGUCGUCUCUCUAUCGAGCUAGAAGGCACGAAGAAACAAGCAAAUGAACAGAAGGAAGCGUCUGAGAAGGCUAUUCAGGGUUUGCAGCAACAGCUUGAGGAAAAUAGCACUUCCAUCCAACAACUCCGAGAACAAAUUGAUUCGUUGACUCAACAGAAAAGUGAGCUGCUAAGCAAGACAACUGCAGUGUCGCCAUCCGUUGUCACUUAUGCACCUACUGUUGUUCAGCAAAAACCCCGGAACUGGAGUAAGAAACGUGUUUCUAAAGGAAAAUCACACAGACGGGCAAAAUCGAGACCCAUUUUACCCACAGAUUUGCCGUCUUUGGAGGAAGAGGUUCCUCAAUCUAAUAACGUCAAUGGAGAUGAGAAAAAGUUGAACAAAGAUACUUCCAUUACACAGAAGCAGCAAGACUCACCUCGUGGUAAUACACAGACUGACCCGGAACUUGUUUUGGAAACUGUUGGAGUGUCCGAUGAUGAACGGAAAGCUUCGUACGAAGAGCAAAUUGCUCAGCUGAAGAACACACUAAAACAGAGAGAAAAUGAGAAGUCUUCUAUUCAAGAUUUACUCGACACCGAACGGGAAAAAAACGUUGCACAAAAACUAGCUUCGGAGUCGUUGAUCAAAGCAACAGAGUCCAAAUUGCUUGCGUCGCAGAAACUUACGACAGAACUUGAGUCUCAGCUUACCGCAGAGAAGCAGAAAAACGAGCAGCACAUUGCUGCCAUCACCCAAUUGCAGGCAGAUCGUUCCUCCCUGCGAGAGCAAAUAAACGCCGCUCAGGCUAAAACCAAGGAAUUGGAAGACAAGCUUGCCAUGCUAGAAACGCAAUUAAGUGAGAAGGAAACGCAGAUACAAAGUCUUCAUUCCGAAGUUGGUAACGCAAACACGCUUUUAAAGAAGCAAAUGGACGCUGCCAGCGACUACGCACGCAAGUAUGCAAUGAUCAAGGAGCAUAAUACAGAGCUCGGUUGUCAACUUUCAGAGUUGGAUGAUCGUCUUCAAGCACGAACAGAGGAGAUGCAGGAGGCACAAUCUAUGCUACAAGAGCAAAGUGCCGACACUCGACGGUUAAAAGAAACAAUCGAAAGACUGGAAAGUGAACGUCAGGAACUGCGUGACCUCUCUAGACUGUCUACAAUGCAAAGGGAAGAGACCAGUGCGAAACAGUUUGAGAGUCUUGUUCGUGAGCUUGAGUCUUCCAAUAAGGCCAAAGAGGAGCUAUACAAAGAAGUUACAGAGCUGCGCAGUGUAUUAGAUAAUCUGCGAACAGACAAAGAUGUUGCGAAUACACCUCCAAAAAGCUCAUCCUCAGAGCCAUCUUCUUCUAGUAGAAGGGACAGCUCUCUUGAUUCAGCUUAUGCCUCUCUUCGGACGGAGCACGAAAAUGUACUGAAGGCGUUGCAUGAUUCUAUGGCGCGCUACGAACAUUUACAGACUUCCUUUCGAUCUGUGUAUUCUAAGUAUGAAAAACUUAAAUCCAAUCAGACUGCUGGAGACACACCUGAAGCUCAAAACAACGAACAAACUGAGAGCAGUACACAAAAGCCUCGUAACGUAAGAAAAGAUGAUGACAUGUCUAUCGACAAGGAGUACACACGAAAUAUCCUCUUCCAAUUCCUUGAUCAAAAGGACAAACGAAAUGACAUCUGCACUCUUUUAGCCACUCUUUUAGACCUUGACCGUGAUCAACAAGCCAAGUUGUUAAGCAUAAAGUAACGAUUUUUUGUUGUCUCUUGUUCCCUCACUCAUCCAAUUUUUCAUGAACGUGAAGACAACUCAUCAUGCAUCUAAUUUUCUUAGUUAAUAAACAAGCAUCUUCACCA